GGAGCUCUUCCGCAGCAGAAUAAUUCCUAUUUCAUCAGCAGCACUCUGCGUGCUGCCAAUCCCAUCUUUGCGGCCAUGAUGGUUAGGCGCUCACUUUUUGCAAAUAGCAAGCAAGCAAGUUGAGAUUCUUCUUCAGAAGGCACCACAUUCUGUGAGGCUUCUGUCCUCCUACAGAAUUGUGGCAUCCAUGCCAGCAACUUAGUAAUAGCUUCCUUUUUUCCAGACAACCCAAUGCCGCUUGGCUGGAUCACCAUCAACAGCAUCUCCAAGCUAAACAGAGUCAGAGCGUCACCCGUCUAUGCCUUGCCCAAUGCCCCCACACUGGCUGACUUGGAGGACACCGACGAUGAAGAAGGUAACGGGGGUUGGCCAGAGAAACCUCACCUGGACGUGCGGAGCCUGGUAUUUGAGCUGGACCCGUGCGGAGGGAAUGGGAAGGUCUGCCUUGUGUACAAGGACACCAAGCCGGGUAUGUUGUGUGAUACCAGCAGCCCAAGAGCUGUCUGCACUAAUCAGCCCCAUCUGCAAACCCCUGUUAGCUUUUGUCUUUGUGGGAGAUGUUUUGGACUACUGUUCCUAGCACCAUACCGUUGUGCUGGCUGAGAGUGAUGGGCUUUGUAGUCCAGAACAUCUGGAGGGCACCAGGUUGACAAAGGCUGUUGUCUAUGGUGGCCUGUGAUGAAGUUUUCCUGAAGCAAACUAUGCUUUGUUGCUGUUGUUGUUAAUAUAACUAUUACAAUUUGUAUAGUGCCCUUCAUCCACAGAUCUCAGGGCAGUUCACUACAUAAAAUUACUAUAUCUAUAUAUGCAUAAUAAAAAGAAGAAGAAAAGCAAAC